AUUCAAGGAGGCGUUCUCGCUAUUUGACAAGGAUGGCGACGGCACCAUCACCACCAAGGAGCUUGGAACAGUCAUGAGAUCACUGGGUCAGAAUCCCACCGAGGCUGAGCUGCAGGACAUGAUCAAUGAGGUCGAUGCUGAUGGUAACGGCACCAUCGACUUCCCUGAGUUCUUGACGAUGAUGGCGCGUAAGAUGAAAGACACAGACAGUGAGGAGGAGAUCAGGGAAGCCUUCAGAGUCUUUGACAAGGAUGGAAACGGUUUCAUCAGUGCUACUGAGCUCCGUCACGUGAUGACCAAUCUUGGUGAGAAGCUGACAGAUGAAGAGGUUGAUGAGAUGAUCCGAGAAGCAGACAUUGAUGGAGACGGCCAAGUCAAUUAUGAAGGUAUCACUGUAAAUGGACUUUCAUUGUUUAUGUUAUUUUCAAUUAUCUUUAUGCAGGCAGAUCAACUAACAGAAGAACAGAUUGCAGAGUUCAAGGAGGCGUUCUCGCUAUUCGACAAGGAUGGCGACGGCACCAUCACCACCAAGGAGCUUGGAACAGUCAUGAGAUCACUGGGUCAGAAUCCCACCGAGGCUGAGCUGCAGGACAUGAUCAAUGAGGUCGAUGCUGAUGGUAACGGUACUAUCGACUUCCCAGAGUUCUUGACGAUGAUGGCGCGUAAGAUGAAAGACACAGACAGUGAGGAGGAGAUCAGGGAAGCCUUCAGAGUCUUUGACAAGGAUGGAAACGGUUUCAUCAGUGCUGCUGAGCUCCGUCAUGUGAUGACCAAUCUUGGUGAGAAGCUGACAGAUGAAGAGGUUGAUGAGAUGAUCCGAGAAGCAGACAUCGAUGGAGACGGCCAAGUCAACUAUGAAGAAUUCGUCUCAAUGAUGACAGCCAAGUGAGUUUCUUUCAGCCAUCGCAGUUGGCGGCAUGUGCCUCGAUUUGUAGCAAGUAUUUCAACGGCUGGACAUACGUGGUUUUAUGCGUUUUUUGUUUGUUUGUAAAAAAAAAGAACAUGAUUCCGAAAAUGGGGCUUUCCUUUGUCAGCUCUCCACGAAAGUAUUUGCUCUUACAGAUGGAUUUAUUAGUUCACCCGUAUAAAGACCUCUUUCAAUUUAUAGGCCCUUUUUAAAGUGAGUUUUAAAUGCAAAUCCGCUCUUCUGUGAAAAAUGGACCAAUUAUUGUGCAAAACCGUUUUUACAUAGACGAGUUGUAUAGAACAUUUCAGACAACUAAAAACCGUGUGUAAAUCCAAACAAUUGAUUUCCUCAGACAAAAAAUGUGCACAUGAUUUUCAAGUCAAAACACCUUUCUAAUCUUUAAAGCAUCCAUCACUUUAUAUUAUUAUAAAACCUUGAAGUACAGUACUGUUAGCUCACCUAUACUUUUUCCGAUAAUUUUAACAAUGAUUCCUUUUUUAACCCGAUCUCGAUGUUUUGGCUCAAUGUUUUGGGGCCUAGAAAGACAAUUUCUGCCAAAAUGUAGUUGUUGCUUUAAUCCAUAUUACGUAGCAUUAAUAGUAUGUGUCCUUUUCUUUAACAUUCCUUUAUUUGUGUCCCAACUAAACUGCAUGAGAAUCAAUGAAUCAGUUGCAUUUAAUCGGGUUUUAUAAAUCAAAAUAUGUUCCUAAAGAUGUACAGAAUGUGAAUAUUCGAAUACAAUGAAACCGAAUACUUAGAUUAUGUGCCACUAAUCAUUUUGGUUAAGGACCAGCCUCCCCAGAGCUGCCGAAACAAACAAUAUUUUGCUUCACCAAUAAUUUACUGAGCUGAUCACGGUUGCUAAGCAAAAUACUACGUCAGUUGUAUUCAGGUAUUCCCCUGACGUUUUGCUUUUAAAAAACAUCAACAGAAGUUGCUUGCAUUCCUCUAUUAAAAGAUCUUUGAGAUUUGAGAUUUGAAAAAAAAUAAUAAGACUAACUGUAAAUCAUGUUGCAUACCACCGCCAAAAAGAAAUUGACAGUGUACUUAAUGCAGUUCUAAUGUUUACAAAUCUAUGUUGUAGAAUCUUUAUUGAUGUUUAGAAGAAGAACAAAAUGAAAGUAAAUUUGGUAAGCGAUCGUCAGACUGAAGUUUGUGAUUGAUUUGAGAUGUGUAUAUGUGGAAUUUGAUUGUUGCAAUUCAUAGUAAAGGAAAGCCGUUUAUCUUUGAUAACACACACAUCACAGGCCC